UGGAUAUCAUGUUCCGUCGUAUGGACCCCAAGAUUGUCUGUAUCACAACAGCAUCGUUGCUCAAUACUACGGACACGGACGGUCUGUUCAAGGGUUACCUCGACAAGUUCGAUCUCAUCAUAUGCGACGAAGCAUCGCAAGUGCCAGAACCGGUGUUUAUGGCAAUGGCGGCGCGAAUCCCGCGGGCCCGGCACAUAUACAUUGGUGACAUCCAUCAGUUAGAGCCGUAUGCUCGCUCUUCGAGACUGUCCAACCCCGCCAGACUCGGCGCACAGAGUAUCAUGAACGUCCUCCAAAGAGCGCGAGCCGUUCCGAUGCGCAGCCUCAUCACCACCUUUCGAGCGCACCCGGCGCUCAUCGACCUCCCCAAUACUCUGUGCUAUGAAGGCUCGUUGGUAAGCGGUGUGACCGCAGCAGACAGACACCAGUUAUUGGACAUCAUGGAUUUCCCGAACCCUCACUUACCGUUCAUGUUCGUGGACGUCAACGGAACGUCGGUGCAGUCAGCCUCCCACUCGCAUUAUAACGAAAGGGAGAAGAUGGUAUGCGAGUUUUUGGUUACCACGCUCGUUAGGAAAGGAGUGGCACCGAGUGACAUCGUCGUCAUUACUUUCUACAAGGACCAAUACAGGCGCCUGGAGGAAUUCGUCACGAGAGUCGGCGUAAACCUCUCCACUGUGGACACCGUCCAGGGAAGGGAAAAGAACGUCGUGAUCGUCUUGACAACGAAGACGCACUUUAAUCCGGAGGGAGCGGAAUUUCUGGGGGAUCCCCGACGGAUGAACGUCGCCCUCACCCGAUGCAGACAUGGGCAAUUCCUGUUAGGCCAUCAGGAAUCCCUUGAGAAGGUGCCGUUUUGGAGGAUGGCCCUGGAAUGGGCGCGAAACCAAAAUGCAAUCGUUCCGUCGACGAGCCUGGGCCGUUACCUGCGGGCGUAAACACAGAGGAAGGCAGCGCAGAUGACGCUGAUAACGCGCCGAGCCGCGUACAAGAGGAUGCCGCGGAGAGGAAGAAGAGAGAGAUCUCGGAACCCCCGGCUGCAGAGCGGCACGCUCACCUACAGAUCGUCUGGCUCCAACCUCUGCUGUUUACUGUUUACC